AUGGGGGGGAAUUCAUCUUCCAAGUAUAAACGCCAGCCUUCCUUAUCAGCCGAAGAGGAAGCUGAGCUGAAACUGCGUCAAAGAGCUGAGUUUCUGCAGGAUCUGUUCCCAAUCGAAAGCAUAGAUGAUGCUGAUCUCUCGCCAUCACCUUCCCAGCGGCAUGUGAUAACCUCUGAGUCUGAUGGCAAACAGACCUCUUCUUCUUUUCCGGCUCUACUACCCCCGGAAAUUAUCGAAGAUAUCCUGAGCAAUUUAGAUAAUCGCGCAAUUAAAAGUCUGCGCCUCACAUGUCGGUGGUUCAGCGCUAUUGCAGCACUGCGCAUCAACAGAGUCUUCCUCUCGGCAAAUCCGCUUAAUAUUCAAGUCUUUCGCGCCAUUGCCGACCAUGAUGUAUUUCGCCAUAGGAUCGUCGAGAUAAUAUAUGACGAUGCACGUCUAUGGCGCGACGCUACCGACGCCCCCGAGGCGCGAGCGCCCAGCGACCCCAGCUAUGGUACAUAUUACAGAGACUAUCCAUCCGACAUGGAGUGGUUUGAGAGUGAGCGCGAUGAAAAUAUUAAAGAACUCAGACGACGCCAAAACGAUGAUGAUCCAAGGCGGCCCGAGCAUGUUGGAAUGGCCCGGCGCGUGCAUGCUGAAUUAUCUUUGAAGGAAUCGUGGGCAUACUAUCAAGACUUACUACGCCAGCAAGAAGAGGUCAUAGCCAGUGGAGCUGAUGCAGACGCGCUUCGAUAUGGGCUGCAGAGAUUUCCUUCGCUUCGAAAGGUCACUGUCACCCCUGCUACUCACGGUUGGCUGUUCAUGCCCCUUUAUGAAACCCCCAUGAUUCGGGCUUUCCCGUGCGGAUUCAACUGCCCUAUUCCGCGUGCCUGGCCAUAUGCGAUUGACGCGUUUGAAGAUAUUUACUACAAUCUACGAGCUGCGCCAUGGGAGAAUGAAAAGACAAGAUGGCGCGGGUUUAAUCUGGUCACAAAGGUUCUGGCUGAGGGACGGCACAACGUCUUGGAAUAUGGAAUCGAUGGCCACUACUUGGGGACAGGGCUCAACUGCCGGAUAUUUGACGAUCGAUGCGAGGAGUACGAAGAUUUCGUAUCAGUCCUUCGUCUUCCCGGCUUUAAGAAGCUGCAAUUCUCGCUUUUUGUUGAAGGGCAAGAAGGGAUGGGAUGGUGGGCUCUUCGCAAUGGUCUGCUACGAAAAGCCCUGGCAGAAGCUACACAGUUGGAGCAUGUGAGCAUAGCUACAAAUUUGAACUGGUUUUCAAUGGAAAGGGAGGAAGCGCCGGGUUUGAGAAGGUUUCUGCCUAUUGAAUGCUGGCCUAGACUGCAACAUUUUGAGCUGUGGCACGUUGAUGUUAGUCAGGCCGAGUUGCUAUCAGUCAUUUCAAGACUGCCAGACGAACUCCUCUCCAUCCAGCUGAAUUUUCUGUAUAUCCAUCCCGGCCACUACAGCGACCUACUCGAUCAGAUGCGCGACAAAUUGCAUUGGUGUGAGAAGCGCCCUCAGACAAGAGUGAUCAUCGGCGUACCCAUCGACAUUCGCAUUCAUGGGCGCGCAAUUUGGCUUGAGAAGGAGAUUGACGACUUCUUCAAGCGUGGUGGUAUAAACCCUUUUGAGCAAAAAGAAGGCUACCAUGAUUUGCCUCUGCCUCGCUUUGGGAUGGGGGUUGUACGUGAUGCGUUUGACCCGGACUAUGUAAGGCCUUGGGUGGAUGAGGAAACAUAUCAAAAAUUGGGAUACCAUAGAGAGGGAUACCAUAUAGAGCGAUAUCGUUGGGUGUAUCAUUCUUGA